AUGCGCUACAGCUCUGUCAUUUUUGGAGCUCUUGGGCUCUCCGACACUUUUGUCGACGCAGCUUCAACUCUUCUCUCAGGUGGGACAAUUAUCGCCUGGGACGACGGUGCAAAUUAUCUCAAAGUAAUCCGAAAUGGCUCCGUUUUGAUCACAGAUGAUCGCAUUUCAUCUGUGGAUGCAAACCCUCAACCGUCUGAAUUGCCGCCAGGAACGAAAGUUGUCGACAUAUCAAAUCAGAUACUAACUCCGGGAUUUGUUGAUACCCACCGCCACGGAUGGCAAACGGUUUUCAAGACAAUUGCCUCAAACACAUCUCUCACGGAAUACUUUGGCCGCUACGGAGAAUUCGUCGCGGCAGAUAAAUUCACGGCUGAUGAUGUAUAUAUUAGCCAACUUGCUGGUCUGUACGAAGCCAUGAACGGUGGAGUGACAACUCUUCUUGAUCAUGCCUCUCACACGUGGUCUGCAAGCACAUCCUAUGCUGGAUUCAAUGCAUCAAUCGACAGCGGGGCUAGGGUCUUUUGGGCAUUUACUUUUCACAACAUCACGUCUCUCAACUACACUGCGUCCGAUCAGAUUCCACUGUUUCGAGAAAUGGCAACAAACAAGAAAGCGCUGGUGAGAGAUUCCCCUACAGAACUCGGCGUUGCAUAUGACUUCUGGGGGCCGAAUCCAAAUGUCAAUGAGGCUCAGGACAUUGCAGAUCUCAUCAAAGAGUUUAACGUCUCAGUCAUGACAACGCAUUCUCUUGCCGGACCGUGGGGUAUAAGCAAUCUUCCAAGCGAAGUUCAGCAGUUUGGCAUUUUGAAUGGUACCGUGCCUAUUGUAUUUUCCCACUCGAGCUUCAUCACCGCAAACGAUUUGCAAUUACUUCGUUCUACCAACCAGUACAUCUCCAUCACCGCAGAAUCGGAGAUGCAGUAUGGACAUGGCCACCCGCAUUCUUAUGAUGUGCAAGACCAAGCCGCACUUGGCAUUGAUACUCAUUUCACAUACUCGUCCGAUAUUUUGACCCAGGCUCGAAUGUGGCUGCAGUCCGUCAGGCUCCAUUUUUACAACCAAGUGUUGGAGAAUUGGCACGUCCCGACUUAUUCUCCCAUGACCGUCAAUCAAGCGUUCCUGCUAGCUACUCGGUCCGGAGGGCUCGCACUUCGACGACCUGAUCUUGGUGUCAUCAAGCCAGGUGCAAAGGCUGACUUGGUAGUCUGGGAUGCUGAAAACUCUCCUUCGAUGCUCGGAUGGGACGAUCCUGUCGCAGCGAUUAUUUUGCAUGCAAACGUUGGCGAUGUUCUACACGUAUUAAUUGACGGAAAAUUUGUCAAAAAGGAUGGUAAAAUUGUCAACAAGGAUUACUCCAAUAUUCGGAGAGAUUUCCUAAAGUCAGCAAGAAAGAUUCAGAGCAUUUGGAAGCAAACCCAAUAUCCCACAUACGAGGGUGUAUACUCGAGCGGUUAUGGCUAUGGAACAACAUUGACGGUCGAUGUGCAGAGAGGAAAAGACACUGGCUAUGGCACACAGUUUUUAUAA